AUGACUUUAAGAAAUCUACUCACUACAAUCAAUCGGAAGAUACGCUUGAUCGGAGAUGACGAGAAGCACGAGCAGACCGAUGCUUGGAGCAAUCGCGAUUUGAUUCCCCUGCCCCCGGAGCGAAGAACAUGGGGCUCAUUCAGUUACUUUGGCUUUUGGGCCAUCGCUUCCUUGAACAUUGCGAAUUGGCAGACGCCAAGCACCUUCUUGGGUAUCUCUAGAAACCUCGACAUUAGCGUCGGUAAGCUGACAUGCUCUACAGCCAUGGGUCUUUCUGUUCCACAGUCCAUGCUCAUCAUCGUCAUUAGCCGUGUGCUUAUUGCUCUAUUCUCGACUUUCAUUGCUUGGGUAGGGCUAAAGUGGCACAUUGGCUUUACGGUACAGAAUAGGUACAGUUGGGGUAUGAUGGGAAGUUUCAUACCUCUGUCGCAAAGGAUCCUGCUCAAUUUCAUCUGGAACGCCGUACAGUGUUGGAACGGAGGCCGAUUAGUGGCCGUAUGCUUGACGGCUAUCUGGCCUUCCUAUGCCCGCAUGCCGAAUACGUUCAGUGCCGAAUUUCCCACCACGACAGACCAGUUUGUUGGGUUUGUUGUUUUCUGGUUCCUCUCCACACCGUUCUUAUGGCUACGCCCGGAGAGAUUCCAAAUCCCCUUCCUGGUAGUAUGCCCGCUCUGGAACUCUGGCCAGCGAGUUCCUGCUGGAUCUAUGUGGAGUACUUCAUGGCUCAUUAUGUCUGGCAUAAACCAAAGUAUCGGCAGUUUUGCUGCCGGUAUCACUAACGGUAGCGACUUCUCGCGUUACGCGACUAAGAGACGGAACUACAUAUAUGGUACCAUCGCCAGUUGCGUGAUUACCAGUGUUUUGGUUUCUCUGGUCGGCCUCGUCACGGCUGCUUCUGGGCAGAAGAUAUAUGGCGAGGUGUAUUGGAAUCCGCCAGACCUCCUGAUGAAGAUGAUGGACAAUGGUAACGGAUCAUCUGGAUCUCGUGCAGGUGUAUUCUUCCUGGCUGCAGGAUUCGGCUUUGCCGCCAUGUUUGAAAACAUCUGCGGCAACACCAUCGCGGGCGGCAUUGAUCUCGCUGGUCUCUUCCCACGCUACAUAAACAUACGCCGUGGUGCCAUGAUUACGUUCUUAGCCGCAUGGAUCGUUCAGCCGUGGCAACUCAUCAACCGCGCCACCACGUUCAUUCAAGUCCUUUCCUCAUUCUCUGUAUUCCUUGCCCCCAUCAUUGGAAUCAUGUCCUGCGACUACUACCUCUUGCGUAAGCGAAAGAUUCGCCUGAGCCACUUGUACCGCACAAGAGAUUCAAUAUAUUACUUCUCGCACGGUUUCAAUUGGAGAGCCAUUGUGGCCUGGAUUUGUGGCUGGGCGCCUACUAUAGGUGGGCUUGUUGUGACUGUGAAGGCAGAACUUCAUCCCUCACGCCCAUUGGUACAACUCUACUAUAUGGCCUUCUUAAUAGGCUUCUUCAUCAGUGCCACAGUCUUCUACGUGCUAAACCUGAUUUUCUCUGUACCAGAUAUGGACCAGAUGGACUCUGUAGAUCUAUACGGUACUUUUACCGAGGCGGAAGCAAAACGGGUCGGCGUUGCACCACUCGAUGAAAACAUCAUAUAUGGCGUAGUAUCUACACAGACGUCAGGGGAUGAUAUUGCUGCAUACAGAGGGCAAGAAAAGGGGGCUUAA